AUGUUCUUCCAUCCCAGUGCGUGGACGCCAACGUGCGACUUCGGCGGCUCCCAGUUCAUCGCGCUCGGCCUGCCGUACAAGCAGCCCAUGGGGUACCCGCCGCCGUCCGCGGAGAUGCAGGUGGUGACGGCGCCGUACCCUGUCAACCCCCCAACCCCGCCAUCCUUCACGCGCAGCUGCAGUACGGCCAGCCAUCCCUGCAGUCUCUCCGCCUCACACGCCAACGCUACUGCCAGAAACAAGGGCAGCUGUAGAGGCUCCCGACGAAAGAGCAGCAGCAGUAACCAGGGGAGCUGUGAGGCCUCGCCCGGUCAGGCAUCGGGCAGCGGAUGGGGGCUCAGCAUGCAGUCAUCCAUGAGCUCCCCCGCCUCCUCGAUGGGGACUCCGCCCGUUUACUUUGUUCUGCAGACCACCACGUCGCAGAAUCCGCAGCUGGCGGCACCGCCUGCCAAUAUUAUGGCUCUGCCACCACAAGCACAUUCUCCCCCAUCACGCGUGCUGCCGCAGGAGAAUGGCGCCAGUUAUAAACUUGGCGAGUGGUACGAAGGAGUGGUGAAGCGCUACAAUCCGAUGCGCAGCUUUGGGUUUCUCACAGCCACGCACCACCUCAAGAUCAUCUCACCCCUGAUGCCACCUCUGCCUCCGCCGCAGGAACAGCAGACAUCCACGAUGACAAAAGCAGACCCACCGUCAUCGCCAACGACGGCAGCAGCAGGUCUCACGCAGCCGAUGGAGUUGUACGCGAGGAAUGCCACACACGAGGAGCUGCAGGCCCAUGUGGUGCGUACGCCAGUGGUGAUUGGGGACAUUUUUGUGCACCAGUCCUACAUUCAAAUGCAAGGCUUCCGUGCACUUUCCAUUGGGGACAAGGUUGUCUUCCGUGUUGGUGUUCUUCCGGGAAAGACGGCCCAUCAAGCCGUCUCCGUGCAUCUGACGAUCGACUCUGAGAAGAGGGAGACUGUGACGGAUCCGGCUCUUCAAUCUGUUGCUGAGUCACUGGUGGCCACGGAGGAAAAGUCUACUGUUCAACAGCCGGCUGAGGCUUCAGCCCACACUUGUAAGUCUCUGGAGCGGCUGCUGCAACACGUGGCGAUGAAGCAAGAGGGUUGCGAGGGGGAGCCGAGAGACGACUUGGCCAGACCCUUUUUUGCUCUGGAGCCGGAGGUCGCCAGGGAGGAGUGCGUGGAAGGGUGUAGCCUGCCCACACCCAUGUUCGUCCGCAACUUUGCCCCCAUUGGGUGUAACGCCGCUAUGGAUGAGCAGGAGCCCGUGCCUUGCACCAGUGAGCCGAUCGUAUUACCAGGGAAUGAUGAGGUGUGGGAUUUUCUUGCCAACUUUGGUGGCAACUAG